GCCGGGUGUCGGGUGACAGAUAGGCUGUCAGCAGCUGUUUCGGGCUGUGCAAGCUCACAUCAAGCGCAACACACCAAGAAUAACCUGAGAGCUUCUACCACAGACACGCCACUGAGCCGGUACUGACCGGACAGUGGGGGAAAAAAUACGCCUAUUUUCACUCCGGCGAGGCUGACAGCACAACGCACGCGAAACAACACACCUCACGGGCCAGCAGAGACCGUGACCCGGUUCUGAGCCUGAUACCGUUGGGAACAACCUGACAAGCCGGGCUGUUUCCACAAGUCUGUUGAGCGAACAGAAGCUAGCUAGUAGUCAGCCUUGACAGUCCCCGCUGAUCCGCUUAGGGUUUGACAAUGCUAAUAGCAGCCUCUGCCGGGAUGGCAAGUGCAAGCUCUGCCUCCGGCACCAAGAAGCACAGGCGCCGUGGCAAAAAGCACCGCAGAGUCCGCACUGAGGAGACCCGUUCUGAUGACCUUUGUGACAGACCGUCACCCCGGAUGCAGGAUGACUUGUCAGUCACCCCCUUCACACCCAAAACAGUCCCAACUCAAGGAAGUACCACAGUUGAAGCCCAAGAAAUGACCCCCCACUCUCUGGAUACAUGCUCCCCUGACCGGGACCCCCCCACCAGAGAUUUAACAUAUACCCCUUUAGCUUCCCCCCAGUGUCCUAAAGAUGUUCCCCAGAGCGCCAUGCUCCUCCCUUGUAUCCCCCUGACAGUGACACACCUCAGCCAGCCACUUUCUAUUACACAUCACAGGUCUGCCCACAACCAGUCACUUCCCGUUACACAUGAGAGUUCUGCCCCCAGCCAGCCACUUCCUGUCCCAUCUCAGAGCCCCUCCCACAGUCAGUCACUUCCUGACCCAGGUCAGAGCCCCUCCCAGAGCCAGCCUCUUUCUGCCCUGGCUCACAGUCCUGCCCACAGCAAAUCACCUCAGAGCAGGCGUUUACUUCCAGUCCCAUCUCAGAGCCUUGCCCACAGCCAGUCACUUCCUAUCCCAUCUCAGAGCCCCACUCACAGUCAGUUACUUUCUAUCCUAUCUCAAAACCCCGCCCACAGCCAGGCACUUCCUGUCUCAUCUCAAAGCCCCACCCACAGCCAGCCACUUUCUAUGUUUUCUCAAAACCCCGCCCACAGGCUGGUACUUCCUGUCUCAUCUCAAAUUACUGCCGACACCCGGUCACUUCCUGUCCCAUUUCAGAGCCCCACCCAUAGCACUAGCCAAUCACCAUCAAGUGUCGGGAAGGAAAUGCCAUAUGAUUUUAGCGCAUGGACUCAUUUACAUUUAGAAAAUUCUAAAUCUAAUCUAGCAACAGCCAAAACCACCACCCUGUGCCCAGCAAAAGCCUCAACCACUCCUCCAUUAAACACUUCCCACCCAGACCCAUUACUGCUCACCUCUGUGACCUUCACCAACAGUGUCUCGUCCUCUCACCUCGGUUCCUCUCUGUGUUCCUCCUCUGGCACCUCCCUUUCAAACUCGAAACCUAACCCUUCAACUUCUGUGAUGUCAUCAGCGGCAGUGUGCACAUCCAUCCCACCACCGGCCAAUCUGAGCCCGCCACCUGCAGAGUUAACCCUGCCCCCUGCUCAGCUUCUAGGUUCUGAUGAUGAAGAGCAAGAAGACCCGUCAGAUUACUGCAAAGGUGGUUACUAUCCAGUCACCAUUGGGGACCUCUUUAACGGGAGGUACCACGUAGUCCGCAAACUUGGCUGGGGACAUUUCUCUACUGUCUGGCUCUGCUGGGACCUGCAGAAGAAACGCUUUGUAGCAUUGAAGGUGGUGAAGAGCGCGCCCCAUUACACAGAGACCGCACUGGAUGAGAUCAAACUGCUCAGAUGUGUGAGAGACAGUGACCCCUCUGACCCCCACAGAGAGACGAUUGUCCAACUUAUUGAUGACUUUAAGAUUUCUGGAGUCAACGGAGUGCAUGUGUGUAUGGUUCUGGAAGUUCUUGGUCAUCAGCUGUUAAAAUGGAUAAUCAAGUCAAAUUACAUGGGCCUUCCUCUGUUAUGUGUCAAGAGCGUCAUUAGACAGGUGUUGCAAGGUCUGGACUACCUGCACACAAAGUGUAAGAUCAUCCAUACAGACAUAAAACCAGAGAACAUCUUGCUGGAUGUGGAUGAGGUCUACAUCAGAAGGCUGGCUGCUGAGGCCACCAUCUGGCAGAGAGCGGGCGCCCCGCCCCCUUCUGGGUCAUCAGUCAGCACAGCUCCCAGGGACAUCCAGGUUGGUAAAAUGUCCAAAAACAAGAAGAAAAAGUUGAAGAGAAAAGCAAAGCUGCAAGAGAAACUAUUAGAGGAGAGACUGGUGGACAUUCAGAAGAUGGAUGAGGAAGACGCCACACUCACUAACUGCCUUCCAAUUGUCAAUGGCAACACUUCCUGCAAUGCAAUCAAUGACAAAGUGAGCCCAAUGUCAUCUUGUUCCUGGUUGGAGGACAGUUGUAAUGGCGACGACCCAGGGCGGUUUUCCAGCCCCGCCUCCGGCAUCUCGGGGUUCUCCAGCUGCGCGAUCUCAGGCACAUCGGAAUCGACUCUUUCCACACAUUCAGGAUACUCCAGUGGACAAGACUUGUUUUGCGCAUCAGACUUCGUCGUCAGUCCUCUUGACCCUCACAACGCCGACAAGUUGCAAGUGAAGAUUGCUGAUCUUGGAAAUGCUUGCUGGGUGCACAAGCAUUUCACUGAGGACAUUCAAACAAGACAGUACCGGGCCCUGGAGGUUUUGAUUGGAGCUGAGUAUGGACCUCCUGCUGACAUCUGGAGCACUGCCUGCAUGGCAUUCGAGUUGGCCACUGGUGAUUAUUUAUUUGAACCUCAUUCAGGCGAAGAUUACACUAGAGAUGAAGAUCACAUUGCUCACAUCAUCGAACUGCUGGGCUCCAUCCCUUUGCCCUUCGCCUUGUCUGGCAGAUACUCCAGAGAAUAUUUCAACAGACGAGGUGAGCCCACCCAUGCGUCCUUAGCGUCUGUGUACAAUGUCUCACAUAUGACCUGUAUGUGGGGAUCAGGUGACCUACGCCACAUCUCCAGCCUGAAGCCGUGGGCUCUGUUCGAGGUCCUCCUGGAGAAGUACGAGUGGCCACUGGACCAGGCCGCUCAGUUCAGUGACUUCCUGUCCAGCAUGUUGGAGCUGGAGCCCGAACGCAGGGCGACCGCCGCCGAGUGUCUACAGCACGCCUGGCUUCAGCAAUGAUGCGCACGUGUGUGAGAGGUGUCAUGACGGCAUGUGUACCCAUGAAAGGGCCUCUUUGCUUUACUGUCACUCACCGGAAGUGUUACCACAACCUCCCAACAGGGUGUGUUCCAAACACGGCAGCUGCAUCACACUCGUCUUCAUGUGUCUUCAAACUUGAUGAAGGUACCUUUGUGUCUGCCAUGUUGUCUUGUGUAAAGGUCAUUUGACACACGACGAGCCGCUCACGUACACUUUUGGAACGCACCUGAGUGGACUUUGCCCCUUGUUUUCUGCUGUCGUUCUGCAACUUUGCUGAAUUGUGUUGAUUGAGCUUGGUUUUUGUGACCACUGACAUGUUUGGUGUUUAGAUGAGCUUCCUGUCAUGAAUAUUGAGUGCCUUCAAAUCAGCCCUGAUCCUCGACCGCCUCACAGUGAUUUUUUGUUUUUUUUUCUACCAAUCCACAUUUUGUGUGAAAUUGUUCUUCUGUACAAAAAUAAACUUUAAAGAACCACUGA